UCGGAUAUCCUUUGCGCUGGACGGAGGUAAAGGACCUCGUGUGCUAGGAGACGGCGCAGCUCUUUGAAAAUCGGCUGUUUGUAACUCGAUUUUUUAUCGAACUACGCUGCUUUAAGGGUUUUGGCUCAGCCAGCCGUCACCUCAAAACACCCGAACUAGCCGGAUAUUCGACUAAAGCUCCAGCCACCAUGUUUCUGCAGUUCUACCUCAACGAGAGCGGAGAGAGAGUUUACACGCUGAAGAAGCUGGAUCCAGAAGGCCGACCCACCAGUUCUGCACACCCGGCUCGAUUCUCCCCAGAUGACAAGUUUUCCCGGCAUCGAGUGACCAUCAAGAAACGUUUUGGACUUCUGCUGACCCAACAGCCGCGACCUGUGCUAUGAAAUGGACAGUCAUUUGUGUGUGUGUGUGUGUGUAUGUAUGUGUAUACCCCCCCCACCCCCGGCUGACCUAUGAUACUGAUAUGGCUCAUUGUAUUGCUCUGUUCAGCAAAAUUUGAUGUGAACUGAGUUACUUUUUUUUUUUUAACCUGAUCACCCCCAUCCUCUACUGUAAUGUGAUAAUUGUGUGCAGGAGCCUCAUGUAUACAAUAAAAACAUGUGAUUUUGCUGAUA